AACCGAUUCUGGAACCGGUGAAUCACUCCUCCAGCAACGACAAUCUCCACUUUCUAGCCUCAGCCAAUCAGGAGUCAUUGAGCGCUGGCACCGGUGACUUCAGCUCACGCCGCUGGUAUCCUGGCGAGGACUCCUCCCGUCUGGGCGACUACCAGAACAUGCACAGGGCCAAUGAAACGCUCGCUCGUCUUUGUCCCUAUCCAAUCCCUCCGCUUUAUCAUUUAACUAUGUUUGUCCACAGAAACGUCACCACUGCGACAGACCCCGAUCCGACGUUACCUGGUUACCGGCCGAUCUUGGCCAGUUGCCACACCUACGAGCAGCAUGGCCACUUUCCCCCACCCGGACCCAACCUUGAGAACGAUCUGGAUGGACAGCCUAAUCGUGACAUGUUCUUCCCGGGUUCGCAGUCUACCUACCCCUCUGAUGAUUACAGACCCUCUCGCGGUGGAUUUUACUCAGCUGAUGACGCUUACGUCUACUCAUCUGCCUCUUCUGCUUCAAUGGAGUCUGGUGGAAGCAGUCCUGUUGCGGCCCCUGUCAUCUCCUGCCUAGAGCCCUCCAAGUUGCCCGCCAUUUUCGGACCGGAGUGGAAUAACGAACUAGCUUCUCCGAAGAUUGUAUUCUUCGAGGAGAAACGAUUGUACGCAGGAUCCGGACCUGCGGACAAUGGCCGCUCGCCCCGUCUUGAAACCUGUUUUGACUGUUGUGCCAAAGACAACUGCACUUACGUCUGCGGGAAGUACUCGGCUCAUCGUUGCCUCAUGCGUCUUUGUAGCUACGGCACUCGUUUGGACUUCCAAUUAGCACCUGAGUGGCCUAAAGACAACCCCUUCAUUUGUCAUGUACAGCCAGCGCCCAGCCGGCCAAUCUAUCGUCUGCGUUGGUCCCUCCUCUUUCAUGGCCGACCACGCACUACGGACACCUUCACAGCCUCCCUCACUCUCAGCGAGCCAAUAGGCGGCGCACAGAGUGAGGCUACUUGGCACCAAUCACAGGCCACCACCCCAGAUCAUGGAGUUCGUCGGCUUCCUGAUGGCACCCUGAAUCAACUUCACAGAGGCCUUCUCAAUGUGGACUACUACUUGGGCCUGUCACACAUUCCGGACAUCAUCAGUGGCUCUGCCAGUAUGCAGGCCGCCUACUAUUGGAGCACUCAAGUGAGCGGAUUAUACCCUAGUUUAAAGCUCAUCAGUUACUUCCUCUCGUUGCGUAACGUGAAUAACUUCAGAGACGUCUGA